CCGAGUUGAGCAGCGGCGCGCACGGGGCCAUUUGCAGCGCAAGCAGCCUAGCGUGCGGCCGCGGCGCCCAGGUCGGAAGGGAGGCGGCACCAUGGAGCUGAAGAAGGACAUCAACACCGUGUCUAUCGACAUGCUGCUGAUCGUGCACUCGGAAAAGCGGCGCGCCGCACAGGGCGCGCACUCAGACCAGCAGGCGGACCCGAGCGCACUGCUGCAGUGCCGAGGAGGAUUCCAAGGCGUUGGAAAUGGAGUCCGAAGAUGGCAGAAAUUAGAAGGAAAUGAACUGCACGAAAACUUGGUGGAGAAGCAGCACCCUCAGCAGCCCCAGGUCAUCACUUCCUACGACAGCCAAGGAACACAACUGACUGUGGAAGUCCACCCUCGAGAUGCCAUGCCCCAGCUGCUCAAGAAGUUCUCCUUGGCUAAACGUUUACAAGGUGAUAAAAAUGGAAACACAAGACCCCGGCAACCUGGAGGGAAAGACGCCCAUGCCUACCCCUGGGAUCGAUCCAGCCUGAAAUCCAUGUCCCUGGACCUGCAGCAGUUUGAGAAACUGGAUAUCUAUGCCUCACAGGUGACAGCCAAGAGUGGCCUGGAUGAACUGGUGAGUGACCUGCUCCAAGAGGCCCACACUGACCUGGAAAGAGUCCGUGCCAUCUGGAUCUGGAUUUGCCAUCACAUAGAGUACGACAUUGUGGCUGCCCAGGAGAAGGACCGCCAAGUCUUCAAACCCACUGACAUCCUGCGGACCCAGAAAACCAACUGUGAUGGCUACGCUGGCCUCUUUGAGAGAAUGUGCAGGAUCGCUGGAGUGCAGUGUAUGACUGUACCUGGGUACUCCAAGGGCUUCGGCUACCGGACAGGGCAGAGCUUCUCCGGGGAGUUUGACCACGCCUGGAAUGCUGUGUACCUCGAGGGAAGAUGGCACCUGGUGGACAGCACCUGGGGCAGCGGCCUGGUGGACACCACCACCUCCAAAUUCACCUUCCUCUACAAUGAGUUCUACUUCCUCACCCACCCUGCACUAUUCAUUGAGGACCACUUCCCAGACAACAAGAACUGGCAGCUGCUAAAACCUCCUCAAUCUCUGAGGCAGUUUGAGAACAACAUGUACCACAAGAGUGAAUUCUACAACAAAGGGAUGCUGAGUGCCCACCCGGAGACCCCCAUGAUCAGAACAGUGAACGGGAAGGCCACGGUCACCAUUGAGAGCUGUGCCCCAACUCUGUUCAUGUUCAUGCUCAAUGGCAAGCAGGAGCAUGGGCUGCUGAGCCUCAGGAAGAACGGAAUGAAGCUGGAGGUGUACCCUCCAACCAUGGGCACUCACAAGCUGCAGAUCUUCGCCAAGGGCAACUCCGACAUCUACAGCUCAGUGCUGGAGUACACACUCAAGUGCAACUAUGUGGACAUGGGUGUCCGGCUGCCCGCUGAGCUUCACCAGCCCAUAGGCCCCAGCUGGUUCUCGGAGCAGAUGGGCAUCAUGAAGCCCUCUCACCCUGACCCUAUCAUCCACACCAGCGAUGGGCGCUGCUCCAUCAGCUUCAGCGUGGAGGAGGGCAUCAGCGUCCUGGCUUCCCUCCAUGGGGAUGAUGGCCCCAUCACUGAGGAGACACAGCGGCGCUACAUCUUCCAGCUGCACCGGGAGAAGCGGACCGAGCUGAAAGUCCAGCUGCCCCAUGCCGGCAAGUUUGCCCUCAAGAUCUUUGUCAAGAAGAGGCAGGAACCAGGAAACUACAUCUUUGUCUUCAAUUACCUCCUAUGCUGUGCCAACACCAAGGUGAACUGGCCCAUGUUCCCUGAGAGCUUUGGCAACUGGGGGCAGGGCAAUGAGCUGCUGGAGCCUCUGUCGGGUGUGCUUCCUGCCAACCGGCACAUCCCAUUCAAAUUGAAGCUGCACGGUAUGGCCAAAGUCCUGGUAAAGGGGCAGGACACAUGGCCCCUGACCCUGAACCACGAGGGCUACUGGGAGGGCAGCUGCAGCACAGCUGGCUGCCAGGAAGUCUAUGUCAUGGUGCUAGAGAAUGCCAACCACAGCUUCUACUCCUACAUCCUGAAAUACAAAGUGAAUGCCCAGUGAGGCCUGUGCCCCUGUCUUCCCAUCCCAAAGGGCCAAGGCCAAACCUCCCCAGGGAGGGCUCAAGGGAAGUGCAGGGAGCCCUGGAUACCACUGAGUCUGCAUGAAAUGCCUUCUAGGCCUCUGCCUCAGUCUCCCUCCUCUGCCACAGGAGCUGUGAUUUUUGUGUUCUGAAGCCUUCACUCAGUUGUGGCUGUGACCGAGGGGACAGAAGCAGUGGCUCUUUAGAAGAAAAAGGUGCUAUGUAAAUCCAAGGUAUUGUAAACUGUA